UGUGUGUGUGUGUGUGUGUGUGUGUGUGUGUGUGUGUGUGUGUGUGUGUGUGUGUGUGUGUGUGUGGAGCCAGCCCACCAACAGGAAGGGCCACAGUGCCGUGGUGCUGGGCUCCUCCAUGCUGCUGUACGGAGGACUCAUCGACAUGAAGGGGACCUCACAGGACUUCUGGAGUCUGGAUUUUGACUCCAUGGCCUGGUCCCUGCUGAGCGGCUCCCAGCAGGCCUCACUGGGCCCCGGUCCCCGACACAGUCACUCAGCCGUGGCCCACCAAGGCUGCAUGUACCUGUUCGGGGGCCUGAAGGGCCUGCGGGAGCAGAGAGACUUCUGGAAGUGGGACUCCUGCAGCCACAUGUGGAGUCCCCUCAGAAACAAGUGAGAAGUCAUAUGAUAGUUAGUUAGUUAGUCUGUCCUCUACAGGGGGGGGGGUUUAGGUCCACAGCUAAAAACACCACUGACGCAAAACACUUGUACUGUGUUUAAUCAAAUAUACAGAGUUAGUUUUAAAAAAAAUAUUUUAAUGUUUGUACUUAUAAUGUACUUACG